AACAAUAAAAAAAAUAACUUAAGUAUCGAAUUUCAUGAGGCUGUGGUUAAUCAUGUAAUUAUUGGAUUAAUUGUUGUGCAACGUAAUGAAACGGAGCAGAAAAAUAAUAAUAAUAAAAUACCGACAAAAUAGAACACACAAUUCCCCUACUGUCCCCUAAAUUCCCCUCCGUAAAAAAAUAAAUAAAAUUUCAUUCAGUUUACAUUUAACAUGGCGGCGGUUGAAGUUGAACGUGCCAAGUUAGAGGCUAAUUUUCGUAAUCUUAAAUUGGCUGGACAUGUUGGAUUUGACAGUUUGCCUGAUCAACUUGUCAAUAAAUCUGUUCAAAAUGGAUUUAUAUUCAACAUUUUAUGCAUUGGUGAAACUGGACUUGGUAAAUCAACACUCAUGGAUUCAUUAUUCAACACAAGCUUUGAAUCAAAUCCAAGUCCCCAUAAUUUACCAUCAGUAAAAUUAAAGUCUCAAACAUAUGAACUUCAAGAAAGUAAUGUCAGAUUGAAGCUGGCAAUUGUUGACACAGUCGGUUAUGGUGAUCAAAUUAAUAAAGAAGACAGUUUUAAAUCUGUUGUUGAUUAUAUUGAUUCACAAUUUGAAGCUUAUCUUCAAGAAGAGCUAAAAAUUAAAAGAUCAUUGUCAAAUUAUCAUGACUCAAGAAUUCAUGUUUGUCUUUAUUUCAUUUGUCCAACAGGCCAUGGACUCAAAUCAAUUGAUCUUGUUUGCAUGAAAAAAAUUGACACCAAAGUCAAUAUUGUCCCAAUAAUUGCCAAGGCUGAUACAAUUUCUAAAACUGAACUUCAAAAGUUUAAGACUAAAAUCAUGUCAGAACUUCAAAGCAAUGGAGUUAACAUUUAUCAAUUUCCAAUUGAUGAUGAGAGUGUUCUUGAUGUAAAUUCUCAAAUGAAUGCUCAUGUACCAUUUGCUGUUGUUGGAAGUACUGAUUUUGUACGUGUUGGAAAUAAAAUGAUGAGAUCACGUCAAUAUCCCUGGGGUACUGUACAAGUUGAAAAUGAAUCACACUGUGAUUUUGUCAAGCUACGAGAAAUGUUGAUAAGAACAAACAUGGAAGAUAUGCGUGAAAAAACUCAUGGUCGUCAUUAUGAGCUUUAUCGUAAAAAACGUCUUGAACAAAUGGGUUUUAGUGAUGUUGACAGUGAAAAUAAGCCUGUAAGCUUUCAACAAACAUGUGAAGCUAAAAGAUCAACUCAUCUGUUGGAACUUCAACAAAAAGAAGAUGAAAUGCGACAAAUGUUUGUUGCAAGAGUCAAGGAAAAGGAAGCUGAACUCAAAGAAGCUGAAAAAGAUUUGCAUAAUAAGUUUGACAAGCUGAAAAAAGAUCACAUGGAGGAAAAGAAAAAACUUGAAGAUAAUCGUAAAAAAUUGGAAGAAGAUAUUCUUGAGUUUACAAGAAGAAAGACUCAAAUAUCCCAACAAAGUCAACAUCACAUGUUGACAUUGGGAAAAAGCAAAAAAAAAUAAAUAAUUAAAUUUUCAAAUUAUCAUUUUAAUUAGUGAUCAUCAUUGCAUCACUUACAACAUUGCAUUUCUUUUAAAUAUAAUUUUUUUUUUAAUAAUAAUACUGACGAAAAUAACUUUCAAAUGGUUAAUUAAUAAUCAUAUAAACAUUUAUAUAAAUAACCAAAUAUAUUUGAUUAAAAAAAUAAAAAGUAACAAAAAAAAAUUUGUAAAUGCCUUGUAUUGACAUUUUAAUACAAAGUAAAAAAAUAUUUAUAUGAUAUUUAAAAUUUUUUUAAUUAUUACCUCAACAAUAAAAACACUAAGUAAAAUUUUUUUAAUUAAACAUUUUAUUACUUAAGAAAAAAAUAAUUCAACUGUUAAUUUAAAUUGUGAUUAAAAUUACGAAAAAAAAACAAAAAAAGUUAUUACAAUUAAUAAGUAUUUUUUUUUUUAAUAUUAAUUAAAUGUUCCAAGUGUUAUCUACAAAAUUACAAAUAAUUCAGCUAAAUUAUAAGAACAUUAUUUCGAGCUGUAGUUGAUAUAUUUUAUUUUUCUAUCAAGCAGGUACCUUUAACUAAAAAAAAAAAAUAAACAAUAAUUAUCUCGCAUUGACAAACUUAAACUAUGUUAUGGCGAAAAUAAAAUGAACCCCAGGAUAAUUGAAAAACAAACUUUUCACAUUUUUUUUUUUGUUCCUGGAUUCAACAAAAAGUAAAUUGCAUGAUAAUUAACAUGUGUACAUUAAUAUAAAUUAAAUAAUUUUUUGAAUCUAUACAGCCCAAUGAUUAAAGAAACAAAAAUUAAAAUUAAACAAAAGAAAUAACAUAAUUCUUUUUAUAUUUUUAAUAAUACAGAUUAAUAUCAACGCGCAGAGAUAACUCUUCGUGUAAUCCUGUGUUUUGGUAUUCCUUUACAAACAGUACUUCUGCAUUUCUGAAAAAUUUUUCAAUGAUUAAAUACACUCAACAUAAAUGUUACUAAAAAACAUUUUUCCUUUUUUCUCUUCCACCUAAGCCUAUUACAAUAUAAAUUACAUCUUGUAAUUGUAUAUAAAAAUACAAAAUGUACAUAGAGUAAAAAAUUACAAAGCAUUAUUUGUUUUUUUUUUCUAUACAGGCAGUGGCAUGAAUAUAAUUUAUCGAUUUAAAAUUUUAAUCAAUUUAAAUACGUGCUGGCAAGUGCAUUGUUUUUUCUUAAAUAAUCACGAGUUUGAAUAUCAACAACUUCAAUUACUAUAUCACCAAAUAUAGUUAAAGAGUAGUUAAAUAUUGUGCAAAUAUUGCUGAUUAAUAAACCAUCACCAUUGGUGCUUGUCACAAUUAUAUAUAUAUAAAUAUUAAAGUGCAAACAUUGUAUUUAAUUUUAAAUGAGAUCAACUUUUUUUAUGGCUGUGAAUUCACAUGAUUAUUAUCACUUGGUCAUUUUGCCUGUUUUUUUUUUUUAUGAAGAGCCAGUGCAAUAUAUUUUUGAAGAAUGCUUUGAUAUAAUUUUUUUAUAAAAAUCCUCCAAUUUAAAUGAGCAGUUAUAAUUAUUAUUGUUUUAUAAAAUAUUAUUUUUGAAAAAUAUUUUAUCAUUACUUGGAAUUUAUUUUUGUAUAGGUAUAAAUAUUUUUUUUUUAUUAUUUUAAUCCUAGCAUUCGUCAAUUAGGUGCUACAUAUGAACCUUGUCAACUACUCGUGAAAUGGAAAAAUAUUUGAAUUACUAGAUUAAUAUUAAUAUUUGUCAUCCACCCUUUGGAAUUUUAAAAUGUUUGGAUAACAUGUUUGU